CUUUGUCUUACUACAUAGACCAAAUUUGGACCAUUACCAGAUCAAUUAUAAUCCUUGAAAGAUGGAUUAUCUACAUUCGCCUUUCGAAUUAUCGCAACCACCAGACAACAUACAUUGGAGGGAAGAACGGGCACCGCUAGGGGCGCUAUGUUAUCUCCUAAACAUCAUAGGAAUUGUCGGCAACACCGUAGUCUUGUACAUAUUUCUAACGCGCAUGCCGGCCUCAAACUACAGAGUGUUCGUUAUGUCUCUAUCAGGUCUAGAUCUUUCUAUGUGUAUCGAUCACGUUAUUAAAGAAUUAAAUAGAAUGUUCAUUAUCUAUCGACAAUUUGAGGACGUGUUACAAACACAUAUUUGUGCAAUGGGUAACUAUAUAGGUUACUUAGCAGGAGUCCCUGCUCUCCCUAUUGUUACUUUCAUUGCAUUUGAGAGAUACAGAAAAAUUUGUACCCCGUUCAAGCCCCAAAUCACUAUCAAGCGUUCAAAAAUUAUGUGCAUUGUUUCCAUAUUGCUGUGUGUUCCAAUAGUGUCCCCCGUCUAUGAAAUAUACGGGGUGAGGUUUGUCAAGGUAGAUAACAUCACGGCAACAAGAUGCGAUACUAAAAACAAGUAUGACUAUUCGGUACUACCUUUUGUAUUUCCUCUCUUCACAUUUAUAUCUGUUUCGUUCAAUAUUGUUGCUAUAUUAAUAUUUCAAAUCAAAAUACGGAAUGCUCUCGUGCAAAAAGCAAAGUCAAAAAUGAGGAUGAAAAAUUUGAAAAACACGACAAUAUUAAAAGUUGUCGCGGGAACAGCAAAUCAGGAAGAAGCGAAAAAGCCGCAACCAUCGGUCGAAGACCAGGAAGCGGCCAAGAACAGACGGAUUGCGAUAACUUUUUCCAUUGUUACCUCCAUGCUUGUGAUAAGUUUUGUAACUUUGAAUAUCUUUCAUCUGGCUCAAGGAAUUGAAAGAUACGUGUCUCCAAAUAGGGAAAUCUCUAAAGUCGAAGAUGUUGUGAAUGAAUAUGUUCCAGACGCCAUUAUUCUUAAUGGAAUUCUGAAUCCAUUCGUCUACUUCGUCACUGACAACCAAUUUCGUCAAGAAGUUUUUAAACUGUGUGGUCGAAACAUAUAAUUGUGAAACAUUUCAUGUAUUCAAAUGCUUGGUCUCUAAUAAUCUUAAUUAUCUAGUGUAUAAAGUUAAUUUCAAUAUUUAUAUUUGCUGUAUCAGGAGAGCGAGAUUCACUGGAACAGAAGUAGUUUACUUGAAUAUUGUAAUGUAUAGGCUUAUCAUAAAAUAGUAUAUUGUAAAAUGUAAUUUCAACGGUCAAUAAUCUAACACUUUUUACUCCCAAAAAUUUUUCAGUGUUCAGCUAUUAGAAAUAAAACAUCUAGAAUGUUAUCAAUUGAAUUCUUAAUCAAUAAAAAUCCUUGAUCCUUGAUAGAAUCAUUCAUUAUUUCGAGUGUGGGAUAGUAAAAUUCCGCCGAGGGACAAGAUUCAUGGUCUACGACGAGGCUAUGACAUCUUUCUGUUACGACGUUCAAAUGAUUACCUCCGGUUUAUCUCUCCGCGUGCUUCAAUUAGUGGAGGUUAAAAUGAGAGCAUACAACAUUUUUUAAAAUAAAAAUAUGAUAAUUUGUAAUUAAUUAGCAAAACAAUGGAUAAAUAAUUACUUGGAUAAUCUCAAUCCAUCAUUUUGCAUUUUUCUACAGCAGACGUUUGUUAACGUUUUAAAGCGGCGUAGUAAUACACAGUGUAAGACACUGCUGUCUCACACUGGACAGACAGAUCUCACACUGUUGAUAAUGCGAGAAAUUAAUUUAUUUUUUACUUAUUAUAGGUUUAAUCUAAUUAAACUUAAUUUGAUUAGAAUUGAAACUUAACUAGUAUUCACAUUGAGUUUCGAUUCAUGUAGAACAUUUAAAAAAAAAUACAGUCAAAACCAAAGAUUUUCAAUUAUUUGUGGUGUUUUUGGAUCAAGGACAAGAUGUUGUCCAUAUUACUUGGGUAAUUAUUUGCGUUUUUAUCCGUGUGAGUUCUUUACGUGCACAUCUGGUAUUGGUAGCAAGUUAAAGAAACAUUGCUUUCCACUGCAUAUCUUUUAAAAACAACUUUCUUAAAAGUUAAAUCUAGAAAUAGUUAUUUUUCCUUGCUCUUUUUGUGAAUUGGUUGAGUGUAUAUCAUGUUAUACAAAAAAUAAUGAUUAAUCGUGGUUUUUAACCAAGAUUUUUUUUUAUAACAAGUCAAUGAUUUCGUUUUAUGUGCUUUCAUUUUAAAAAAUUAAUAUUGUGCAAAUAGAACAAAAUGGCAGAAUAUAAGAAUAGAUCAUUUGUCUCGUUUUUGCUAUUUCAAAACUGCAUUUGCAUGUGUAUUUAAGCUAUUUUGAUUAGUCUUAAAUAAAAUAUACAGUUCUUUGCAUAGUGUUGAUACUUUCAAAAGAGGAAGGACCUUAUGUGUACUCAUUCACUAAAAAAUACCCAUUCUGAUGAUUCAUGGAUCUCUUAGAUUUUCUGGAGAUACUAUCAAUCAUGCCAUUUGCAUAGCAGUCCUAAACUGUGUAACACAGUGAAGUGCUUGAUAUUAAAUAUUAAAGAGCCGUAUCAACACACUGAAUAACAAUACUUCUGAUUAAUCAACCCGUCGUUUGCUUAACGAGAAAGUUUUCCCAAAAUUAUUUAGAAAAAUGAAAUGCACACAACUUGACCAUAUUCUCUUUAACUUAAUACCCGCAGUUAUCUCUCUUAACACAGGUUGAAUCUAUACUAUCUAUACUAAUAAAUUAAAAUAAUAGAUUCGGUUGAAUCUAUACUAUCUAUACUAAUAUAUCAAAAUAAUAGACUCGAGUUUUUGAGCUUUAAUACCGAUAAAUUGGAAGAGUACUGUCUUUUGUUUGAUAUAUUUUAAAAAUCAUUGAUACUUGAGAAUUACCAAUUUGUUCAUAUUUUUUCUCAAUCAAGCUGCGCUAAUUAAUAAUCAACAAAAAUUCUUCAAAAAAUUCCGGAAAUCAUCUAAUAUUUUAGGAUUUUACACUCUUGCGCAUGCGCAUUACAUUCACGCUCAAUCAAGGCUCUUUAUUUUAUGUUUCCACAAUAUCACAUUUGCAUGGAUCAACUUAGAGACGAUAAAACAAAUGCGUGUAAAUUUUCAUUGGAUUUUUUUUCUUCUGUUCAUCAAAGAAAAUGCGGGAGAUAACUCUAACACAUGGCAUUUACUAAAUAAAAUCCUGAGAGUUUUGAAUGUCAACAUGGUCUGUAAAAAACGUAGUUGAAGAAAUAUUGAAUUCUGCAAUCAUAGAAUUACACUUUUCGAAGAAAGGUAUUUACAGCUUCAAUUGAUUUAUUACGAACAAUUUGACUGUUAUUUUAAAUGCAACUUUAUUCAUUUUCUCCAAAAUCGUUUUGGGACGAUUCUUCAAUUAUCUGCUACAUUACGGGUAUAUGAAAGGCAUUUUAACAGUGGUGAAGGCAUUUCCCCAAACACAGUUACAUUAUUCAAACUCAGCAGAGUGUAGUGAAAUUAAUAGCAUUAUUGUAGGCUUAAAGCUUGGUUAUGCAAAUGUAAACAAUAUACGGUGUAUCAAUGUAUCUAUUUCGUAAAUGUCCGAAAUCAUAUGCUAUGUCAACUCGUGCACACACGGGUCAAAAUCUAGUAUUUCAUUAAUAAUGCAAAUCCCUUCCUCAUGACAAAAAAUCAUAUAAGAUGAAUGCACAAAAAGUAGUACUUAAAACUAAAACUACAGAAGAAACUAAAUUAUAAAAACAGCAAAUACAUAAUGCUAACGUUUGUAUGAUGUUACCUUGUACUAAUUGUGUUCCAUAUUCAAAUUGCUGGCUAAGUAUCUUGAUGUAUUAGAUUUGACACUUUAGUACUGGUGUUGUUAAUAUAAAGUUUCAUAUACUAGUAUAUUGAAUUCAACACUUAUGUUUUUGUUGUCUGUUUCUGCAUGUCUGUUCUUUGA